AUGGCUUACCACACUCGCUCUAACAGCUUCCCCUCCCGGCUGCACCCUCUCAUUCAAGAAGUUGAUGAGCAUUUGUGCCGAUUGAGGUCUUCUGAAGCCACAUCCACAUCUUCAUCAUCAAUAAGCCACAAACUAAGCGUCCUGCAAGACUUGCUUGAUUGUGUCAAUAGGUUUCUUCAGUUGCAAGGCACCCAACAAGCAUUAGCACAAGAGCAACAACAGAAAUGGGAUAAUGAGCUAUUGGAUGGCUCUCUCCGGCUCUUGGAUAUUUGCAGCACCACAAAGGAUUCCCUUUCAGAAUCCAAGGAGUGCAUACAAGACCUUCAAUCAAUCAUUAGAAGAAAGCGGGGAGGUGAAAAUGGACUCACAAGUGAGGUCAGGAAAUACUUGAGCUCUCGGAAGAUGGUGAAGAAGUCAAUCGUCAAGGCUUUGGGAAAUCUGAAGGCAAUGGAAAACAGAUCCCCUUUCUCUUCCGCCAACAAAGACCAAGAGACGAUUGCCAUCGUUAGCAAGCUAAGGGAUGUUGAAGGAGUCACUCUUAAAGUCUUUGAAUCCAUGCUGUCCUUUAUCGCUGGGACAAAGUUGAAGCCUAGCAGCUGGUCUUUGGUUUCCAAGAUUGUGCAGUCUAAAAGAAUAGCUUGUGAUGAAGAACCAAAACUAAAUGAAUUUGCAGAGGUAGAUGUGUCAUUGAAGUCACUCAAGAUUUCAGACAAUGCACAAAACCAGCUUACCAAUCUGGAGUCAUGCAUUCAAGAUCUAGAAGAAGGACUAGAGAGCUUAUUUAGGCAGUUGAUCAAAAAUAGAGCCUCCCUUCUCAACAUCCUGAGCCACUAG